AUGGAGGCGUCUGCCAUCAAUUCACCGGUGGAGGACGACGCCACGCUUGCCAAGGAUGCCCAGCAGUUUCUCACUGUGAUUGCGGACAUGCAGUAUGAGGCGGAGCGGCGGCGUCUCAUUCUGGAUGAGCUGCGGCAGAAGGAAACAGCUGCCAAGGCCGAGCUAGAGAAGUGCCUCGUGGCACGUGAGGCUCUAGUAGCCCGUAUGGCUCACACAAAGGCUGAGGGGCUGGAGCUGCAGGUUGAGUAUAACGGCCUCUGCUCUCGACAGCGGGCAGCGGAGGCGGAGGCGUUGGAGCUGCGCCACCAAAAGGCUCACUGGAUGCAGUUGUUGCAGCUGUAUCAGACACCAUCCACGCAACCAUCUUCCCCUAUUCGCACGGAGAGUGAUGACAGUGAUGGGACGCACGGGUCUGACACGCCACAACUUUCCCGUGCCUUUAAUGCGUGGAUCCAACUGCCACACAGCUUUCUCUUCCUUCGGGUCUUGAAGACCACGCUAACAGAAUUUAUGACAGAGCUGCAGAUGAACACUAGGAGCACUUCCGAUGAAGUAAUCAGCACGAUUUACAAUGAUGCGUCUACGGACCAUACGACAGCUGCUUCGGAUUUGGCCACUAUUUUUCCUCACCUGCCAUCCUUGGGUCCUCUGGAAAAAGCAGUCCUUUCGCUGGUUUCCUUUUUUGCCUGA